AUGGCGUCCGUGUUGCUCAGGUCGCUGAAGUCGGCUUUCAUCUUCACUAAUGGGUUAAUAGUCAUGGGAAUCUAUUGUGUAGUCGCAACGUGGGAAGGAUACUUCUUUCGAAAAGCAACUGAAAAGGAAGUUCUGGAAUUGCAGCUAGCUCGCAAUCGAUUUUGGGACUUGUCCAAAAAGUGGCUGAAUUACUCGCAUCAAAUCUAUACCCUUCGAAGUGGGUUUAGAUUCCACUACCUCUGCAAUGAGCCCAAUGCAGUCACCAGCGCCAAUAAACCUUUGGUCAUCUUUAUUCAUGGUUUCCCCGACAGUUGGGCAAUAUGGCGUCAUAUCUUGAGUUCACAGUCUCUCCAGGAAUCAGCAACCGUGGUUGCGGUUGACCUCCCAGGCUAUGGAGGUUCUCAAAAUCUGGAUCGGUACUCGGCAACCGCGGUUCUUGAAAACCUUACUGAGUUUAUCAUUGCUAUGAGAACAAAGUAUGGGAUCGAUAGCGACACCAAGACCCAUCAGCAGCGGACAAUUGUCGUCGCGCAUGACUGGGGUUGUGUACUUUCUUUCCGACUGGCGACUGAUGCUCCCCAGUUGGCGGACAGGUUCAUCGUCACUAAUGGGCCACUGAUGCCCCUGGUUGAGUCCAAUAUUGGUCGCCGCUUAUCAACCUCUUCAAAGAUGUUCAAAUCUUUGUUACGCUCGCCGAUUCGCUCGCGCUCCCUACUGUUCAACGCCGCCAAAACGUUACGGCCGAUUUUUCAGCAAAUGCAUGCCUCGGGAUAUAUUUUCGCCUUCCAGCUGCCUCAAAUUUUGGUGGAGUACCUCGGUAACGGAGGCAAUACUUCUUUCCUGAAGCUCAUUCAUAAGAUGUCCUGGGGAAAUCAGGAAUUCACCAUCACCGAUGCUGCUGAGUGCAUGGCAAGCAGCAUUGGCCCCUCUGCACACGAAGGAGAGACACGAAACGCCGAUGGCGAAGGAUAUGCCGAGUCCACGGUGAAGAGAGGUGGCCUCGUCAAUUUCUUCGAUAUGUGUCGCUACUACCGGGACGGCACAUCCCGUUCGCGUUGGAACAAGUCCAUCGAGACUAUCGCUAGCCUGCACAGUAUUGCUCAAAAGACUGGAAUCCGCCGCGCUAGUAGUGGCGCGGGUGUAUUUGAUGACGGGCCGGAGGGAGCUUUAAAGGCUCGUACGACCAUUAUCUGGGGCAAAAGGGACUCUGCGCUCACUUCUCAACUGUGCCUGGAUGGAAUUUCAGACUAUCUUAGCCAGGACAGCCAGGUCAUUGACCUUCCACGCUCUGCACACUUUACUCCGCUGGAGCGAGAGAGUCGGGUUGCGUUGAGUGCGGUGGUUGAGUGGGCAGUCAAAGGCGAACAAGAAGAUAUCGGGGCAGUGAUUGAAGCUUGCUACCCGAGAGCGACAGUAUUAGCUCGGAAGUGA